CGCUCACGCGACACCGACGCUGAUAAGUGAGGUGCUGUGAGAUUCGAGAGAGGAUGUCUUCCGUCAACGAGCAACUCGCGCCGCCCCCCAAGCCCCGGUUGUCCCCUCUGGAAUUUCGCAACACGGACCUCGUCUCGCGUCUCCUGGCGGCCACCCCCCCGUACCUCUACAACAUGUCGCUGCUCCCCAACACCUACUUCUUCAGCGAAAUGCUGCGAUCCUUCGUCCAGGCAAAGUCCGACCCUUCGAGUCGAAGUUUCCCGACCCGACGAACCCGAAAACGUCCUUGGACGGCGAUGAAGAGCGACUCCUCAUCGCCGCCAAAGCUAGACCAAACCAACGACUGGGCUCUGAAGAACUCCUACGUCGAGCACAAAUCAGAAAGUCCUCUUGAACUAACGACUGAGAGUGACAAGGCCAAAAGUACUUUCAGCAGUACCAUGACUGAAAGGAAGGUCGAAAUGCCGCUACCCGAGCAAGUGGAGCCGUUGUAUUCACCCAUGGGACAAGAAGGUAACCCGUCUGGGUUAAUUUUACCGCCGCCGCCACCCAUGUGGUACCCUCCACUGUACCCCACGACAACUCCAUACGGGAUUGAUCCGCUGCACUUCUUCAUCGAUUUGAGGGUCUCGGGACACAUCUACGACAGGAAAAACCAAAGGGACGAAGCGGCCAAAGUUGACUCAGAGGAAAAGAAGCAAACUGUUGGUAAAGAACCAGUCUUUAAACAAUCACGACACGCGUCUGCUUUCUCCGUUCCUACUCCACGUCUCAACCGACCCAUGAAUUUGAGUCACAGUGAAGAAUACACGGACUUCACUCAAGAAUCCAAGAAUUUAAAAUUCGACGUUAAGUCAAUGGGUUUAGAUAGAAACAAAAUCGGAACUAGCUACAUCAUGACCAACAUCAACCACAUUUACAAGAACGUGGCUGAAGAGGGUCAACACAUGGUCAAGAAUGAGGGUUCUUCCGAAAACGGAAGCACGAACGAAAACGACAACGAAACCGAAGAAGAAAAACAGAAGAGGGUGAAAGACUUGAGGGCUUUAAUUGGGUUGGAGUUGGUGGUGGAUUAUAUGAAUCACGCUAAGCCGCAACCGAAGCGCCCUCUGGAGGAAACCGGCUUCACGGACUCGGAGUCCGCGGAAAGUCCGACUCUGGAAGUGGUAGCCGUUCACGACGAAACUUAAACUAGUUGUUAUUUUGUGGUUAGGUUUGACUAGAGUUGCAAAUGUAUCGUUAUACAAUGUUAGAUAUGUAA